AUGGGUAUCAAUAUACCGUCAAAAAAAGAGCUUUUGGCAGCCAAUUUCACUGUUGAUGAAAUCUGCGCACAGUUGGGCGCAGAUUCAAUUCAGUAUUUGAGUAUUGAAGGUUUAGUACGUGCCGUUCGUGGCAGUAGUAAUCGAGAGAACGGUUAUUGCACAGCGUGUCUCAGUGGAGAAUAUCCCACAGAACUUGAAUGGUAG